AUGGUCGUCGCCGCGCGCGCCGCGGCGACGGCGACGCGCGCGCCCUGCCUCGCGCGGCCGCGCGCGCUCUCGAGCCGCCCGUGGACGCGCGCGCCGGCGCCGCCGCGCGCGACGCCUCGCGAUCGCGCGGUCGCCGUCGUCGCGGGGUCGUUCGCGUCGUCCGCGGACGCGCGCCGCGCGCGCCGGCGCGAGCCCCCCGGGCUCGCGUUCACGACGCGCGCGUCCGACGUCGACGCGCGCGAGCUCGCGUCGCUCCUCGGCGGCGGCGGCGGCGACGACGACGACGACGCGCUCGCGGCGAAGCUGCGCGCGAUGCUCGACGCGAGCGAGGCGGUCGUCGUCGCCGCGUUCGCGUCGUCGUCGUCGUCGUCGUCGUCCUCCUCCUCCUCCUCCUCCUCCUCGCCGUCGCCGAUGGAGCGGAUGCGGUACUUGAAUCCGUUCGCGUCGCGCUUCGGCGGCGACGUCCGCGGGAAGGCGCUCGUCGGGUUCGCGCACGCGGCCACCGACGGCGCGAUGGUCGCGACCGUGGACGUCGUCGUCGUGCGCGAGGACGCCAGAGGCGCGGGCGUCGGCGAGAAGCUCGUGCGGCGGCUCGGGGAAGAGCUGUGCGCGAGGGACAUCUACGACGUCGGCGUGCGCGCGCCGAGGGAGCGGCGCGCGUUCUUCGCGCGCUGCGGGUUCGGCCCGGACGCGGAGGGCGCGACGCUGAUGGCGUUGCCGCCGGGCGGCGGCGGCGGCGGCGGCGGCGGCGCGACGGGCGCGAAGGGGGGCGACCGCGCGCGCGAGCUCGCGAAGACGUUCACCCCGGAGCGGACGCUGAAGAACGACGGCGCGGGUUUGCGGGAGAUGAUGCUGAAGGAGAUGCGCGACGCGGACGGGACGGCGCGCGCGGGGUGA